AUGUCAGAACUUGACGAUGCCCAGAAUAGCACCCCAAGUCCGGCGGCGCGCAGCUUCAUCAAUCGCGAGAGGCGCAGGCAAGCCGACUUGUCCGAGGUGCGCAUCCAAUGGGAUAAGCGCGUCGUCGGCGCGCGACUUGGCAGCAGCAGCGGGAGAAUUCGGCGCAACGUUCUUCAAGGGCUGCCGACCGCCCUGGGGCAAUUAAUUUUAUGUGUAGCCGCUGCCGGAGAUACUGCUGCUGCUGGUGCUGCCGAGAAGGAGCGCGUCGAAGUCGGCGCCGCCGCUCCCUCGUGGGGUGGGGGUCUCGAGGCGUUACCCCGCCCGCUGCCUCCGCUUCCGCUGCGGUGGGCGGACACCGAGAAACCGGAGAAGCGGCUUUGCGCCCCGGCGGCUGGGCCCACAGGGGGGGCCCAUCCCUUUCGGCCGUCCGUCCAGAGGAGGUUCCAGCGGGAGCCGCCGCACGCGGAGCGGCCGUCCACCGCUGUGCACAUAGCGGCGGUGGAAGUUGCAGCGCCCGUCGAAGCGCCUACGGGAGGGAGUGCGGACGGAAUCACUGGCGAAGGUUUUGGCUGCAUCCUGAGCGAGCGUCGCCCGACUACGCAGCGGCAAAAUGGACCUUCGACGAAGCCUAACGCUGGCAGCAUCGGCACAACAUCCAGCGCGAACACUUGCGCCUUCUGUGAAGUCAUCACGUUGGACGCGCUGACAUGUACGCAUGCUCUUUGCUCGGGAACGUCAAGCCUGUCGCCAUAAGAAAAUCCGCGCAGCAGCUGACCUUCAGCGGGCCUGGCAGAAGCGCAUCUUGCCCUUUCCGCUUUAUCGGGCAGCUCAAUAGAUAUUUGCCUACUCGUUCCUGUAUAGAGAAACGAUAACCGUUUUUUGCUGCUGCUGCGCUGUCAUGUUUAUUUAUAUUUAGGAAGGUUUUGUCAUA